CUUUUCUUUAUCCACUAAAACAUGGCCGUCGCUUCUUCUCUCUCGCUCAACUUCACACUGACAACUCCACCGCCGUUGAGAAUCAACCAACCAAACACAAUCUCACAAUUUAAACCGCCGCCGAUCACUACAAUCGGAAAACUCAAGACCGCAAUUAAUGCAAAAUCGAGAAGAAACAGAGUUUUCUUGAUUCGAGCAGUGGAGGAAGAGAGUAAAAAGAGCGUUGAAUCGGAGGCGGUUCAGGAAGCGGAAUUAAUGGAGGAUAAGUCGAGAAGCGAGUUAGGGGAGGAGAUUAAGAAGGCGAUGAUGGAGAGGAAGGAGAAAGAGAAGGAAGACGGAGGUUUACUGAGUGGAGUGGCUGAGGAAGUUCAAGAGAUUGAAUGGCCUGCUUUUGGUAAAGUGUUGGGCAUUACCGGCGUUGUUCUCGGCGUUAUUGCCGGUUCUAGUGUCGUUUUGCUUACUGUCAAUGCCGUUUUUGCUGAGUUAUCUGAUAGAGUUUUUGUUGGUAGAGGUGUUCAGGAUUUCUUUGGCUAAUCAAGCCAGGCAUUGUAAAGAAUACAAAAAUCUCGAUCAGUUUUGUUUUGUCUAAUUUUUUUUAUUUGUUCCUUUGAAAAGCUGCACUGUAACAUGUAAAUUUUGUAAUUCAGCUGCUUGCAAUUUUUCCUCUAAA